AUGUUCACAACCAAGAGGCACCCUUUGGUAGUUUCUGUCAAAAGACAUGCUUCUGAAAAAAUGAAGCAAGUUUGCCGAAGUAUUACUCAUCUCCAAGUCCUCUUUGUACUUCUUGUCACAGCGAGUGUAUUGGUUGAAGCACAAAGUGCAAGCCAAGUGGAAAAGUUAAGGGAAAGAACCCUCCGAAAAAUGAAUGUAACCAGGACAAUGGCGCAGAAUGCUGUGAAGAAGGCAAAUUUUACACCACCUACAAGCGUUCGCCACCUGUGUCUGCACAAACAAAGGAAUGGGAAUGCGAUGGUAAGUACCAUCCCACGAGGACACACCUGUGGUGGCUUCUCCAGUGGGACGGUUCAGCAAAAAGAUAAGCCAACCUGCCCAAGUAAUAUUGUUGAUGCCUCAAAAGCUGUUCGGAAAGCUUUAGGUAUAAAUGACAAGGACAAAGAAUGGGGAUGGAUAGAUGUCCCCUGGACAAUGUUGUUUUAUUUCGAACUUUUCACACUUCUGGUUGAAAAGGACCCAGGUAAUAAGCCUGUUCAGCUGGAACAUACAAGAAAUGUAUAA